CUGGGGGUGGACAUUCCGGUGGGCAUGGCACCGGAGGCAUCGGUGGACAAGCGUACAUGUUACCUAAUAUUGUUUAACUGUUUAUCACGUAAGAAGAUUAUAUAAUAACAGGAAUUUGGAGAGCAAUUCUUGGAUCCAUUUUACCGAGGAAGGUUAGCCGAGGGUGCUCUUUUUGCUUGAGAAAUCGAUCUACGAGCAAGUUCAGACGGCUAUAGAAACCGAUCCGUCAUGGCAUUCAAUCCACUAACCUAACUAAGAAAAACUCUUCACUAUGUUAAACCCAAACCCUUUGUUCUCCUCGCAGAACGAUUAACACCUGGGAAAGAUGAUCGUCGCGACUCGCCAGUGCGGCUGUCCGCCGAAGAAGGAGGAACCACCGUGUUCCCCUUGUUGCGUGAAUAAGCGGAGCAAGAAGACCGAGCUUGGAGCUGGAUGUGGAUCCUCGAAGAACCUGAAAUCGAUCCUUUCUCGUCCGAAGAUCAAAGAGCCAAUCUGCUGUCCGAUAAAACCGCCAGAGUGCAAGGAGCCUCCAGUUGUCAAGGUGCGUUCCGAUAUCGCGGAACGUGGCCUGCCCUACAAAGAGCUGGAGGCCACAAUCAACGACAAUAGGCUGGUGAUAAGGACUCAGAAGGAGCCUCCUAAAGAAGACUUUGAUCCACCCUGCGACUGCUCCGAGGAUCCUCGAGCGAAAAUCAUCGAAGAGGAGAAGAAACCGGACCAGCCGUCGGACAGUCGUACUCUGACGCUGUUCCCGCAGGGUUUGAAUCUCGAAGACGAGGCAGAAAAGGUUUCCCAGGAGGAACACGAGGAGCCUGAACCUCCGAAGAGGAUGUUGGAAGAGAAUCCUAACAUAUUUCGGCUCAGGGUGUGGAAGAAGUCGAAGGACGGGCAGAAUAUCGAUCUCGAGUUUCGAACGCCUCGGCCUUGGUCGAAGAAGAUGAGGCUGGAGCACGAGAAAGCUCUGCUUUUGGCGAUCAAGCCUAAAGCACUCGAAACGCACAAGGAGCAGGAUGAGAAAGAGGUUGAACCGAGGAAGAAGAAGAAGAAGAGAAGCGGAAGGUCGAGGAAGAGAAAAGUGCGAAACGAGUGCGAAGAGAUUCUGGCGAGGACGCCUUGCGGAAAGAAAAAGAGGAAGAUCUCGGACGAUUGCUGAUUCUCCGUUGUUGUACAAUAUUCUGGACACAAUAAACAGUACUCCGCUCAUCCGUA